CCCAGCACAGCGCCGACCCAAAAAGCAGCACUUCAUUCCCGAUGCGCGGGCGGAAACGCGGCAGAAGCAUUUGCGGGCUGCGAAUUUGGACGAGUUUGUGGACAUGGAAGUCGUGUUUAUGCCGGACGAGAAUUUGUUUCUGUUCCCGGAGCCCCUGAAUCCGAACUUUAACAUUCAGCAGAUGGAGAUGCAGACGGGGACGAAAUUUGCGAAGUACAGAGCCGGGCCGGGCGGGGCGACAAAAAAAUCUUCCUCCAUUAGUCUGCGCAAGUUGUCCGCCGAUCUGGUCGAUACCUUCGAUAAAUUCGGCCCCUCCGCUAUGGACAAAGGUUUCCUCCAGGUUUUAGACCGCCUGCGCACCCACAUCUUGCAGAACAUCAAGCCUCUGAUGCUACCGGUUGCAGCUGGUGGUGCUGGUGGCGCAUCUUCUGGUGGUACCAGCAAAGCGGCCAGUGGAUCUAGUUUUCUUCCGAAAAAGCAGAAGCGUGGUCGUGGUCAUUCCGCUGCUGCUGCACCACAGCAGUUUCAAGUGGUACAGAACGGAGACCAGUUGGUGCAAUAUCUCCAGUCCCUCAUUGAGAACGCGAACGAUGAGGAUGCCUAUCCUGAUUUGGAGCAGGGCGUCCUCGCGAUCCAGCGCAUGGAGCAGCAGAAAGCCCGGGCGGUCGUCGAGCUUCGCAUGCUGGAAUGGAUGAAAUCGCUCGAACUGAUGCUGCAGUUGCAGGACAAAGAGAACAAUUCUCUGUCGCCGGAACAAAUCAAGGGCUUACAGGACCGGCUGAAAACCCCUUUCAUUCCAGGAACUACAGCUGCAUCCGAGGACAGCAAAAACGAUGAGAAUCCAGUCGUUCUCUGGUCCGAUAUGCUCGGUGGGACUGAGGGAUUGCAACAUGUCGAAAAAUUCGGGUUUUACCCCCCGAGUUUCCUGCGGCAGGAGCUUUUCGCGAAUUUCGUGCUUCCGGAAGUGUUGCUCGGGCGGAUUUUCACGAAUGAAGUGAAAUUAGUGGCGAGUAAGGAAUUAUUCGAUUCCGCGUUCCAAAAUGCGAAGGAGUUCUGCGAGCAGCAAUUUCAACUAAUCGCGGAACGGGAAAACACCGCACGACUCCUACAGUACCGGUUAGCCACGACUGAACGGUACAUUGAGGAGGUGAGGGAGAAAGCAGAACAGUACCUGUUUGUUUUAUCCUGUGCAAAAUAAGUAUCGUACUCGUAUUGCAAUCAUGCAUUACAAAUUUUUUUCUCAAGGUAAAUCCGCAUUACAAAUUUUAUUUGUCAUGCUGCAGGAAUUUGUAAUGCAUUUAUACGAGUACGAUACUUUGUUUUGCAGUUCAUAUGUUUCUCCUGGAAGCGAUAGUAGUUCCGGAACUAGUUCCUCGUCGUCCCCACGGCAGCAGCAAGUGGACGCCACGCGGAACAUUCAGAUCUCGCUGACCGACCCGCAAAAGGACCAUUACAACGAGCAGGGAGUCUUAAUCGGCCCGACGGUCCGGGUUACCGAAACGGGGAGCCAACAGUUUCAGCUGGAUGUCGGGCAGCUGCUGCCCAUGAAUCUGGAGUUGGAAUUGCGGAAAGCGAAGGUUCAGGAGCUGGCGGAAGUGGAAAUGAAUGGAAGUUCUACUUCCGCAUCUCCUUCCACUCCUUCAUCCGGAAGUCAUUCACACCACGGUGUUGAUGUGAUCCAGCAAUCGGUUCAGGAACUUCAAGCCGCGAUCGCCAUGACCGCGAAAGAAAUCCUGCGGAAAAAUGAGGUCCACGCAAAACAGGUGGAACUGCAGGCGAAGAAUCGGUUCGUGUUGCUGCAGCAGGAUCUGACGGAGCAGGAGUUGAGGGCGAAAGAGAGAGAGAUGCAGGAGCAACAGAUUCGGUUCGAGCAGGAGCAACGGCAAAUUGCGGAGCAGACGCAAGCACAGCUGGUGGAAAUGCAGCGCCGGGCGCAGGAAGAGCAGCAGGAAAUGCAAAGGAUUCACCAGGAACAGCAGCAGCGCAUGACGCAACAGAUGACGGAACUGGCGAACCGGGAGCCGCAGGUGAUUCACGAACAGUCGUCCGGCGGAGACGGUUUCCUCGGGUUUCUGGGAGGUGUGAUUGGCACCAUCGGGUCUGUGGUGGGGACCGUUCUUGGGAGGAGGGCGUAAGCAGGUGCAGGGAUUCGUGUUUGGCUCAAGCUAGCCGAUAGAAGAAAAAAACAUGCGCCGUACGAACCCUUUUGCACUAGGCGAAGUUUUGUCCUCGUCUGGUGGCGUACGGCAUGUUGACAACAGCACGAAGAUGUGGUUUGAUAUAAAUAUCGCAAUCGCUCCACAUUAUAAGUGGCAUUUUUGUUGAUAAAGAAAGAGAAAUAAUGAGACGUUAACUGUAGUGGACCCGACCUUCAGCAGAAGAAUUUUUCUGAUAGGAGGCCACUGUCUUGAUGGUAUCACCGAAUGGAAAAUUGUACGUUUCAGUUAACCUCCUUUGAUUGAACAAAUUUUGUUGUAGGUAGCUCCAUCGACUGUCUAUUGUGGAAAGAACCACUACUACAUGAAGUAGCAUUACUAGACAUCUGAUACGAAGGAUUUUUGUAGGAUAAAAUAAGCCCCUUCAAGUUCAACUUCAUAUAUAAUCUUCUUCGAGAAUUUUUGAAGAUCAAGAUAAGAAAGCAUUGUCGUUGUAAAUAAGAAGAUGAAAGCUGCAUAGGAGCUGGAGCAAUAAGCUCGGACCGUAUCUAUGCUCGUUGUCCUGGCCGGAGUAGCCGCUUGUUGCACGCACGUGGAGAUGCGAAAAUGAAAAAUGACUGCAUACAAGCUGGGCAAUUAGCAUACAAGCAUAAGGACACUGCUCUUGAUAGAGACCACUCACAAGAAAGGCC